AUGCGUCACAAACUGGUCGCUCAUUUCUUGACCAGCCUUCUGGUGGCCACUCCAGCACUGGCAGCCACAUACAGCCAUCUCGACCCAGCUCGCUGCGUGGAUCCGUCUGGCAUGAAGAAAUGUGUUGAAAAGGUGAAUGAGGAACAACAACAGUGCAUCAAUACAGGGUGCGAGGAUUCAGAAUAUGGAUGCCUCGAGUCGACCUGCUUGUGUGCGAGCAGCAUCAGCCAAAUGGAUUGCGCUCUGACGCAUUGCUGGGACCAGGUAUAUAGCUGCGAGUACCAGAAAACGGUUGAACAGGUCAUCAAGACCUGCGACGACGGCCCAGAGGAGGGGUUUCCCUUCUACCCUGCCCCGGUUGAUGCGCCCAAUGCUUGCUCAUGCAACAAGGCAAAAGUUGUCGAAACUGUCGGCAAGGUGUUGGAGGAGCAGAAUGAUUGUGAAGGAGGGGCAUCAGAUGAGUGGGAAGGAUUGCCUCGGGCUGAAUUAAAGGCCAAGGUCCCCCCGGCUUGUGUCUGUUGUAGUUGGAGCGCAGCGCUGUCUGCCUACUGGAACAUCUGCCCAGGAAUGGACCCAAACUAUCUCGGUGUCGACGCCUUCCUCAACUCCUUGCUGGGCGAUGCUUGGGAGAAGUGGCCCAAGUGCAAAUUCGACAACACCACUUGCCACACAGAGUACAACUAUACACUUCCCGGCAACAAGGAUGCCAAGUUCUACCAGCCUGGAGAGUUCCCCAAGAACGGAACACACACGACAAUGACAAACCUUCCUGGCACCAUCACGAGCCCCAUUAGCGGCGCGACGUUUACGUGGACCAUGAAUUCGACGGCGCAUACUAUCACAGCGGCUGGGGUACACACGACGGUGGCCAGCGCAAGCACGACGGUUGUCAGCGAAAACACGACGCCAACAGGUACAGGCGCGCAAGCAACGGAAAGUUCUAGUGAGGCUGAAGACAAGGGAAGUAAUGCUUCGGCGGUGGUUCCUCGAACUUGGUCCAUUCUCUCGCCGGUUCUUAUUUUCUUCGUAUUGUAA